AUGAAAAAGCUCCUUCUGGUUGCGCUUCUUUACCUGCUGAUUCAACAGCUUCCCGUACACGCAGAAGAACACAUCUGCGAUUUCACGAAGGAGAAGUACCUUCUGGGGACGAAUGAAAAAGAAUACUGUGUGGUGAACGCCAAACCUUUUGACAGCGUAACAUUUAUAUGUCCCAAAAAAAUCGGAGCACAGUGCUUUCAUAAUGUGAACACGCUAGACGAUAUAAGAAAAGACAGAAUGGAAUCAUCGAAGCUGUCCAUAGAUCAGCUGUUAUACGGAUCGACCCUCUAUGGAGACACCCUCCUAAUAUCACCCACGGUGAAGCAAGGGACAACCUUCUACUGUUUCUGUAACUUACAAAUGGAGAACUUGGAGGAGUUUCUAACGAAGAGAAGAUUGUCUAAGGAAAAGCUAAAGGCGCAAAGCAAAUCCACUAUUAAUGUGGACGACUUCAGAAAUGGGGACGAUGAUGUGGAGGUGGUAUUUCCAGAGAAGAAAGUAGAUGAGCAUCUAGUUCGAGCAUUAUAUAAGGUAAAAAAAAUUAGGAAUAUAAUCGAUCAUGAAAAGAACAAAAUGGAAGAAGGCGAUAAUCAUCAAAAUCCCCACGACGAAGAACAACUCAUAAUGGACGAGGACAAGGAAGAAGAGGCUGAACAAGGGGGUAGGAGUAAAGUUGAAGAUGCUGUUACAAAGUAUGGAGUAAUGAAAGUUGUUGUUUCUACGAAUAAUACAAUAACUAAAGGGUGCGAUUUCGGAAAUAAUGUAGUGAACUAUUUUUCUAAUCCCUACCCUAUUGAGAGGUAUGGAGGCAGUAAGGUUUGCAGAAUUGAAGCAAAGCCAGGCGACUUUGUCGGAUUCAAGUGCAUAUAUGAUGACAAGGGUUACGUCGAACCACAUAACUGCUUUGACAAGGUCCUUUACGAGGGUAAAGAAACCGAUUUACAGACCCUCAUGCCUGGUUAUAUAUCAUAUGGAAACAAGCGGAAGGGGAAAUACGCCUUUUACUUAAAGCUGCCCCACUUUGUGCAACACAGCUACACCAUUCAGUGCAAGUGCAGGUCCACAGUGGAGCAGUAUGAUGACUACGUCUUCGAGCUGGCCGUAGAGGGCGGCGAGAGUGAAGUUGUUGCCAAGACCUUCCAUGAGUAG